UAAACCCGCGAAUCAUAUGGGAAUUUUGGGAUUAUCUAAAAUUAUUGGUGAUUAUGCUCCACAGGCAGUAAAAGAAAAUCAGAUUAAGAAUUAUUUCGGAAGAAAAAUAGCGAUAGAUGCCUCCAUGAGUAUUUAUCAAUUUUUAAUAGCAGUGAGGCAAGAAGGAAAUGUCCUUACUAAUGAAAGUGGAGAGACAACAAGUCAUUUAAUGGGUAUAUUUUAUCGCACUAUUCGCAUGAUUGAAAAUGGUAUUAAACCCCUGUAUGUGUUUGAUGGGAAACCCCCAGAUAUGAAACACGAUGAAUUAGAUAAAAGGAAAGAAAGAAGGGAGGAAGCUGAAAAACAAGCCGAGAAGGCAAAAGAAGAUGGUGAUAAAAAUUUAAUGGAUAAAUUUAAUAGAAGAUUAGUCAAGGUAACCAAACAACAUAAUGAAGAAUGUAAAACCUUAUUAGCUUAUAUGGGUGUCCCAUAUUUAGAUGCACCUUCCGAAGCAGAGGCACAAUGUGCUAUAUUAGCUAAAGCAGGAAAGGUGUAUGGGACUGCUACAGAGGAUAUGGAUUGUUUAACAUUUGGUAGUCCUAUAUUAUUAAGGCACAUGACAUUCAGCGAAGCUCGAAAAAUGCCCAUCAAAGAAUUUAAUUUAGCUGAAAUUUUGACUCAAAUGCAAAUGUCCCAAGAACAAUUUGUCGAUUUUUGCAUUUUGAUGGGCUGUGACUAUUGUGAAAGUAUCAAAGGUAUUGGACCUAAAAGAUCAAUCGAGCUAAUCAAAGAACAUAAAAACAUAGAAACGAUUAUAACCAAGCUAGACACCAAGAAGUACCCCAUACCCGAUAAUUGGAAAUUUAAAGAAGCAAGAGAACUGUUCCUGAAUCCUGAAACGAUUAACGUGACAAAUAUGGAUUUUAAAUGGAAGGAACCUGAGGAGGAAAGUCUGAUUAAGUACAUGUGUGAAGAAAAAGGAUUCAAUGAGGAAAGAAUUAAAAACGGAAUUAAAAAGAUGAAAAACGCUAGAAAUUCGAUUACCCAGGGUAGACUAGACGGGUUUUUCACGAUUCUGGGCCGAGCCCCUACAACAACCUUAGAACAACAAAGAAAAGUUGCCAAAACAGAAGAAAUUAAGAAAAAAUUACCGAGCAAAAGUGGUAAAAAGACAAAAAAGAUUAGCAACGCGAAAAAUGCAAAUAAGAAAAUCAAAAAAUAA